AUGCACUCUACCAAAAAAAAAAAAAGCUCUAGCAAUACACACCAAACUGAGCAUGUGCAGAGUGUCUCCACACGAUAUGUCUUAUCAGGAGAUAAGGGGGGGGGGGAAUGGAAGAAGGGGAGGUUCAGGAAAGUCAGGAUCAAACAGUCUCUUUACACAAUCCAGAUUAUUAACCCCUUCGGUUCCACAGUGAGUAUAACAAGCAUGCUUUACUGUCAGGGGCGGACUGACAACUCAUGGGGCCCCCGGGAAAUAGGGGAUCAUGGGGCCCCUGUGUCCUUGCCCAAACUCAAAAAAGCCUAU